CCCUGGCCAGGCUUUGAGGGUCACUGAUCUCAAUUAGGGGUCUUAAAACCGGCAAAACCCCCGGGGAGGCUGUGGGGCUGCAGGUCGGCGGUCCUGGCUCUGAGGGGUUUGGUUACUGCAGGCCCCACCGACGGGCGCGCUCCCCCGGGGCGCUCUCUGCCCGCGCUCCGGGCCACGGACGCGCUUUUCAGGGGCUCUUGAGAAAGCUGGAGGAAGGCGCAGGAGGAGAAAGGCGCGUUGGAAGUGUGGCACGGCAAAGGGCUGCUGCCCUGACCGGGGGAAAUACCGGGGCGAGCCAGGCUGGGAGGGCCGGUUCUUCCUGCCGGGAUAGCCGGCGGGUUUUCUGCCAGCUCUCGCCUGCCCUUUCCCUCUCCUUCCUUCCAGUCUCUUGAUCCCCAGCCACCCGGAGGGGCACUUGACUGGCUGCUUUGUUUCAAAUGUUGCUGCCUCAUUGGUUCCCGGCUCAAAUCUCCUCUAUUCCUGCUCUGCUUUCUCGAAAGCUUCGUCUUUAACCCCUCCGAGCCUCGCGGCAGCCGCGCUGCCAUCCCCUCUCCCGGCUGUUCCUCCCUCCGCGCUCUCCCGACGGAUUGCUGGCCUGGCGGCGUGGGCGAGAGAGUUCAGCGGCGGCGGCGCUCCCGGUCCCAGAAAAUGGUCUUCUAGCCGGCCUUCACCAUGUUCAGCAAAAAGAAGAAACGCAUCGAGAUCUCUGCUCCCUCCAACUUCGAGCACCGCGUCCACACCGGCUACGACCAGCAAGAGCAGAAAUUCACGGGGCUGCCGCGGCAAUGGCAGGGCAUCAUCGAGGAGUCGGCCAAGCGCCCCAAGCCGCUGGUGGACCCCGUCUGCAUCACCACCAUUCAGCAUGGCUCGCAGAAGACCAUCGUGCGGGGCAGCAAAGCCGCCAAGGACGGCUCCCUGACCUGGCUGCUGGACGAGUUUGAGAACAUGUCCGUGUCCCGUUCCAAUUCUCUGCGCAGGGACAGCCCCCCCUUCCCGCCCCGCCGCGACCAGCUCUACCAGGAGAACGGCCUCUCCGAGGGCCCGGCCGCUGCCCGGCCGCACGAGGAUGCCGGCAGGAGCAAGGAGAAGAGCCGUCACGGGGCCAGGAGCGAGCUAGAGCAGGGCAAGGAGAGACCCCGGGAGAGGGAGGACCAGCGCGCCCACCACCACCACCACCACCACCACCACCACCAGCCCCGCGGGCAGGAACCCGGCCCCAAACCCGCUCCCCCCGCCGGCGGCCGCCCGCCCCCCCCCGAGUACCCCAAAACCCCCGCCGAGCGGGACGGCUGGCGGGAUUACCCCGCCGACAGGGACUACAGCGAGCCGGCCGACCGGGUGGUGCGGCGGGAGCGCCCCGAGCCUUCCGACAAGCGCCCCAAAUCCACCUACGCCGGCGAGAGCAGCCCGCAAUCCCCCCGGGACAAACGCCCGCUCUCCGGGCCCAAUAUCCGGACUCCCAACAUCCCCGUCUCCGAAGGGGUGAUGAAGACGGCUCAGCAGACGGGACGGCCUUUUAAUACCUACCCCCGGGCUGAGACCGACCCCGGCAGGGGCGCGGGUCCACAGGCAGAGCACCGGCCGGGACGGCUGCAGGAGGUGGCAUCCAACGGGCCGGUGAGCGGCGGCGGCGGCGCCGGCUCCUCCCGAGCCCACCCGCCCGGCCCGCCGCGUUCCAAACCCGCCGAGCCGCCCCAUCCCAACCUCACCCCUCACGCCUCGGACCCCCACCUCGCCCGCCAGCCGCCCCCCGGCCACCCGCCGCCGCCCCCGCCGCCCUCGGCGGGGCCGCAGCAGCCCCGCUCGCCCCAACGGGAGCCCCAGCGCGUCUCCCACGAGCAAUUCCGGGCGGCCCUGCAGAUGGUGGUGGAUCCCGGAGACCCCCGCACCUACUUGGACAACUUCAUCAAGAUCGGCGAGGGCUCCACCGGCAUCGUCUGCAUCGCCACCGUCAAGAGCACCGGCAAGCUGGUGGCGGUGAAGAAGAUGGACCUGCGCAAGCAGCAGCGGCGCGAGCUGCUCUUUAAUGAGGUGGUGAUCAUGAGGGACUACCAGCACGAGAACGUGGUGGAGAUGUACAACAGCUACCUGGUGGGCGACGAGCUCUGGGUGGUGAUGGAGUUCUUGGAGGGCGGCGCCUUGACCGACAUCGUCACCCACACCAGGAUGAACGAGGAGCAGAUCGCCGCCGUCUGCUUGGCCGUCCUGAAGGCCCUCUCCGUCCUCCACGCGCAGGGCGUCAUCCACCGCGACAUCAAGAGCGACUCCAUCCUCCUCACGCACGACGGCAGGGUGAAACUCUCCGAUUUUGGGUUUUGCGCCCAAGUGAACAAGGAGGUGCCGCGACGGAAGUCGCUGGUGGGGACCCCGUACUGGAUGGCGCCGGAGCUCAUCUCCCGCCUGCCCUACGGCCCAGAGGUGGAUAUCUGGUCCCUGGGCGUGAUGGUUAUCGAGAUGGUCGACGGGGAGCCGCCCUAUUUUAACGAGCCGCCCUUAAAGGCCAUGAAGAUGAUCCGCGACAAUCUGCCCCCCAAGCUUAAAAACGUGCACAAGGUUUCGCCUUCCCUCAAAGGUUUUCUCGACCGCAUGCUGGUGCGGGACCCGGUGCAGCGGGCCACCGCCAACGAACUCUUGAAGCACCCCUUCCUGGGCAAAGCGGGGCCCCCCUCUUGCAUCGUCCCCCUCAUGCGCCAAAACCGCAUGCGGUGAGGAGCCGGCGGCCGCCCCGGCGCCCUCCUCCCCCCUCGCCGCCUCGGAACUGGAUUUGUGACUGUGCCACUACUGUUGGGGCGCUGGCAAGGGGGGGGGGGGGGGGAACAGGGAGCCGGGGGCGGGGUGGGGGGGGGUGGGGGUCCUGUCCCGUCGUGUCGCCCCCUCCCUGCACCGUACUACUGAGCCGGGGAGCGGCCGGGGAGGGGGCACGGCUCGGUAUUAACGACUCACCGACAUUCGGCGCGGGUCCACCGUCCCGGUGUGCCCCCCCUCCCCUUCCCCGCUUCCCGGCAGAGAUUUGGGGCUGGGGGCUUAUCCCACCCCGGACCCGGUGUCGCCCCCACCCUGGGGAGCCGUUUGGGGCAUCUCCCCCUUUUCUUUUUCUUUUAAAUCCCCUUUUUUUUUUUUUAUCCUCAUCCAGCCCCAGGGUCGGGCCACCACCUGCAUCUCCACCGGGGGGGGACACACACACACACACGUGUCCCCAACACUACGGCCCCGCGGCCACACUACUGAUUUGGGGUCCUUACCGCCCCCCCCCCCCCUUCCAAACACGUUUUUUGUUCCUUUUGGGGUUUUUUUGUUUUGUUUUGUUUUGUUUUUUUCCCUCCCCUUUUGUUUUUUAACAAAGCUAUUUAUAUUGUCGUUUUGUAACGCUGCGGUAUGGGGGGGGCCCCGGGGCCGGCACGGGGACCCCCGGAGAUUACACGUGUCCUUUUGGAGA